AAUCAAAAAAUGGGCAAGCGCAAUCUGGACGAGACAAUGAACGAGUCGACCGUAUCAGAAGCCAAUGGAGACGCCACCGCACCAACCACCGAGAAGGACGAGUACCAGGCACUUUGCGAGCUGGUAAACCCAAUCGCUCAGCCACUAGCAAACCGCAAGUUGGCCAAGAAGGUGUACAAGCUCAUCAAGAAGGCCUCCGCCGGCGAUAAAACCCUCCGUGAGGGCAUCAAGGACGUGCAGAAGGAGCUCCGCAGAAACGAGAAGGGAAUCUGCAUUCUUGCUGGAAACGUCUCUCCAAUCGAUGUGUACUCACAUAUUCCGGGAAUCUGCGAGGAGAAGGAGAUCCCAUACGUCUACAUUCCAUCUCGUGAGCAGCUCGGACUCGCCGUCGGACAUCGUCGCCCGUCGAUUCUGAUCUUCGUCAAGCCGAGUGGGGACUUCAAGGAGCUGUACGACGAGGUCGCCGAGGCUCUCCGUCAUCUCACCGUCGAGGCCGCCUAAAUUGUUUUUUCUCUGGUUUUCACUGUUUUUUUUUUGUUGUUGAUUUUUUAAAAUUUCUUGAUCUGUAUCACCAUCUUUAUCCACAAUUGUUCACUCAUUAAAUUGUUGUUAU